AUGGGUCUUGAGAAUAUCAAACACGUCCUCCUUAUUCUUUCCGGCAAGGGUGGUGUUGGGAAAUCAAGUAUCACCCUCCAACUCGCCCUCUCCCUCACUCAACACGGUCACCAUGUCGGAAUUCUUGACAUCGAUCUCACAGGUCCCAGUAUUCCUCGUCUCCUCAAUCUUGAAGAUAAGAAAGUAACACAGGCCCCCGGGGGUUGGCUCCCCGUCAAAGUUCAUGAUGCAAGAGAAGGUGAACUGAGUGACAGGACAAAUGGCCAACCGACGCCGCAAUCUACCUCAUCCCUCAAACGGGGCUCUCUUCACGCCCUAUCACUUGCCUUCCUCCUUCCUUCCCGCUCCUCCGCGGUGAUAUGGCGUGGUCCCAAGAAGACCGCAAUGAUAAGACAAUUUGUGUCGGAUGUCCUGUGGCCUCCUAACACAGACUACCUCCUCAUUGAUACGCCACCUGGCACAAGCGACGAACACAUCGCAAUCGUGGAGGAACUACAUAAACUCGCUGCCAAUGUCCGGCCCCCGACGGCGGCCAAUGGUAAUGGACCACCAUUGGAGGCUGACACUCGACCCAAACUUUCUGGAGCAGUUGUUGUCACCACUCCACAAGCCAUAUCCACGGCCGAUGUUCGGAAAGAGCUCAAUUUCUGCGUGAAAACACAGAUACCCGUACUGGGAGUUAUUGAAAAUAUGGCUGGAUACAUGUGUCCUUGUUGUGGUGAAAUCAGCAAUAUUUUCAGCAAAGGUGGUGGGGAAAUUAUGGCUAGAGAAGCGAAUGUACCUUUCUUGGGUUCUGUGCCCAUCGACACAGGUUUUGGCGCCAUGGUCGAAGGCGUUAAUCAAGCCCAAAAUGCCGUCAACGGUAAUGAGACUUCGUCCAACGGAUCAGCUUCCCACAAGCCUACUGAACUGGUCGAGCGAUACAGGGAAUGCGGUUUAAGCCCCAUCUUCUCAGAUUUCGCGACGAGAGUGGAUCAGAAGGUCCACGGUACGACUGAACGAUGA